ACUGGGUUAAAAUUGGCUUUCCUUUUCUCUGUUCCUGAUCCUUCCUUAUUGUUCUUUGUCACCCUCAGACUUGAACUUUCCGAAGCGCUUUUUGAUAUCACUAAAAGAACCGAUUACCCCGCAUGAUUAAGAGAUCCACGCAAAAGAGUACUUUGUUUGAACGUCGUUUAGGCUUGUACGAUUACGCCAAAAAGGACGUCUUCCCCAGCAGCGAUGGUUCUUCUUGUCAAUCUUCGAGAAAUGCACGUACUCCUUCCUUUACCACUAUAUUCCUUCUUCAAGCCCAAGCGUCCAUGAUCCAGUUUAUCAGUCGCCUAGGUUCAAAAGUUUCAACACACACAAUCUUGCCCGUCCGCAUCACUCAAAAGGCCUUACGCUGGGCUCUUUUAGUGGGAUUGCUGGUGUUCGAUAACGUUGCUUAUCUACUGAAAGUUGAAGAAGAAAUAUCCGCCAUCAACGAACCCCCAUCGAAACCUUUGAAACGAUCGUCAUCCCACAUGCUCGUACACACGAAUACAAAUAACUACCCCCAAGAAGAGGAACACAAACAACAACAACAGCAGCGCCCCGCAAUGGAUCCAGCGUUUCCCGCCAUUCAUGCCGAAGCAACAGCACUAUCCUCACCAAACUCUCCCAUUCCUACAGCCACCCAUGCAUAUGACACUACGAGCCUGGCCUCUUCCACUGCCAACUCUUUGGACGCGACGGCUGACGGCGCUUCGCAGGCAUCGUCCCUCUCAAGCAACGAACGCCGGAGUAUAAAGAGCGAGUGCGAUAAACCAGCACGUCGCCCAUCACGUAUUCCCACAAGUACACGACGUGUGCGAUCACUAUCGAACAAUUUAUCAGUGACAGUAAUGCAACCUACCAUCAGCGAUUCGACUGCAGGAGCCACGUCAACCGAAGGACGAUCGCAUUCGCCGGAAGUUCACACCAUUCGGCGCAUCCAUGCACAACGUGAUUUGAGUGUCAAGGCCCACUUCCAUGGGAACAAGGAAGCGUCCAACCUAAUUACACCGUGUCACCGUAAAUCCACGGCCAGUUCGGGGCACCCGACUCAUUCGCUUUAUGGUUCUUGCGCACACUCGUUAUACUCUGUGACCUCGUCCUCUGUGUGUUCCAGUGAAUCCAUCGUCAAAGAGAACGCAGGCCAGCCGCGAACCGGUGCAAGAACGUCAAAACUGUCGGUGAAAUGAUCAGUGAAAACCCGUUGAUUCGUAAAGACCUCACGCAGGGGCAUAUCAGUUUACCACUUCCUAAUGGCUUGUCACGCCCUGCAAGUCCCCUCGUUCCUUGGAGACCAUGAGAAAAUUUGCAUGCUCACAUAAAAAAAAUUCAUCUUGUAUAUCAUCCCCCUUCUUCUGCAUAUUAUCCCGGUUCUGUGUAGAUGCUUUAUAUCGCACAUUCUAUUAAAAAGAACAUUGACUCUUCCAUUGAACAUUUUUCUUUGCAAUACACAAAAGCAAAACAUUAUAGCAAAUAUGCGAGCAAUAGACAUGAAC